AAAUUCAUAACUGUAAAAAUUUUUUUAAUAAAAAAAUCUAUUUUACAUACCAUAUUGUUGAUGUACUAUAUCUAAGCUUGAUAAUACAAUGUGUCAAAAUUUUAUGGAAGUAAUUACAAUAUUUAAAAAAUCUUAAUGUACUACCGACAAUCAGAUCCCUUUGGUUCAUAUAAUUUAAACUAAGGAUAAUAUAUAUUUUGUCUCUCCAUAUAAUAUAUUUAGAGCAAUAAACCUGCGAAACCUGUAAAACAUAUUUCAGACUUAUUAAAUUCUAAUACAAAAACAUUUUCAUUCAGUGGCACUCGUAGUUGGCGGUUAAAAUAUCACUUUCUUGCAUUCUACUUUUGCGCUGAGAUUCUAUGUCACAUUUGCAUUCUAAAAGAAAUUUAACUCUAUAAGAACGAGAAACAAUACAAUAAAUCACAAAUAAAAAUGGCUCGAACACCAGCCGUUGGCAUUGAUCUUGGUACUACCUAUUCAUGUGUUGGGGUGUUUCAACAUGGUAAAGUUGAGAUUAUCGCUAACGAUCAAGGCAAUCGAGUAACACCAUCCUACGUUGCAUUUACUGAUACUGAACGAUUGAUUGGAGAUGCAGCCAAAAAUCAAGUGGCUAUGAAUCCUAACAACACCAUUUUUGAUGCGAAACGUUUGAUUGGGCGUCGCUUCGAUGAUGCUACUGUGCAAUCUGAUAUGAAACAUUGGCCCUUCGAGGUGUUCAGCGAUGGUGGAAAACCCAAAAUACGUGUUGAGUAUAAAAGCGAAAAUAAAACCUUUUUUCCCGAAGAAGUAUCUUCUAUGGUUUUGACAAAAAUGAAAGAAACUGCUGAGGCUUUUCUUGGUAAGACUGUCUUCGACGCUGUUAUAACAGUGCCAGCAUAUUUCAAUGAUUCUCAGCGUCAGGCAACUAAAGAUGCUGGCGCUAUUGCCGGUUUGAAUGUGUUGCGUAUUAUAAAUGAGCCCACCGCUGCAGCCAUAGCAUAUGGCUUAGAUAAGAAAGGUACCAAAGAACGUAAUGUGCUUAUUUUCGAUUUGGGAGGUGGCACCUUCGACGUUUCGAUCUUAACAAUUGAAGAAGGUAUAUUUGAGGUGAAAUCUACAGCUGGUGAUACACAUUUAGGUGGAGAGGAUUUCGACAAUCGUAUGGUUAAUCAUUUUGUACAAGAAUUUCAACGUAAGUACAAAAAAGAUAUAACAAAAAAUAAACGUGCCCUACGUCGUUUGCGUACCGCUUGUGAAAGAGCCAAACGUACAUUGUCCGCUUCAUCACAAGCUAGCAUUGAAAUUGACUCUCUGUUUGAUGGUAUUGAUUUUUAUACAUCAAUUUCUCGUGCACGUUUCGAGGAACUUAAUGCUGAUCUUUUCCGUGGUACUAUGGAUCCAGUGGGAAAAGCUUUAAGAGAUGCAAAAAUGGAUAAGGGACAAAUACAUGAUAUUGUCUUGGUUGGUGGUUCAACACGUAUACCGAAAGUACAAAAAUUGUUGCAAGAUUUUUUCAAUGGUAAAGAACUGAACAAGUCGAUUAAUCCUGAUGAAGCUGUUGCAUAUGGUGCAGCUGUACAAGCGGCUAUAUUGCAUGGAGAUAAAUCUGAAGCUGUACAAGAUUUGUUAUUAUUAGAUGUCACGCCAUUGUCAUUGGGUAUAGAAACUGCUGGUGGUGUAAUGACAACUCUAAUAAAACGCAAUACCACUAUACCUACUAAGCAAACACAAAUCUUCACCACCUAUUCGGAUAAUCAGCCGGGUGUACUCAUACAAGUUUAUGAAGGUGAACGUGCAAUGACUAAGGAUAACAAUAUACUUGGUAAAUUUGAAUUGAGUGGUAUACCACCCGCUCCACGCGGUAUACCACAAAUUGAAGUGACAUUUGAUAUAGACGCAAAUGGUAUAUUAAAUGUUACUGCAAUCGAAAAGUCCACCGGCAAAGAGAACAAGAUUACAAUUACCAACGAUAAGGGUCGUUUAAGUAAAGAAGACAUUGAGCGUAUGGUUAAUGAAGCUGAGACCUAUCGUAAUGAAGAUGAAAAGCAACGUGAACGCAUUAAUGCUAAAAAUGCGCUCGAGAGUUAUUGUUUCCAAAUGAAGGCCGCUUUAGAAGACGAACAAGUAGGAUCCAGAGUAUCAAGCUCUGAUCGCGAAACUGUGAUGUCAAAAUGUAAUGAAGCUAUUGCGUGGCUUGACGCUAAUCAACAAGCUGAGAAGGACGAAUUUGAAUAUAAGCAAAAGGAAUUAGAACGUAUAUGCUCACCAAUUAUGACUCGUUUUUACCAAGGUGGCAUGCCACCUGGUGCUGCUGCUGGGGCUGCCGGGGCUGCUGGUGGUGCUACCGCUGGGCCAACUAUCGAAGAAGUAGACUAAAUUUCUUGUAAAACAGAUUCUAUUUUAGUUUUUUUUAUAAAGUUUUUAUUGAAUUCGUAUUUAUAUUUUCACAAAGUUCUAUUAAUAAUUAUUUGCAUUGAUUUUCAAAAU